GUGGUGAGUGGGCAGAUGGACGCCGGAGAAAAGAACAGCCAAGUGCCCUGUGAAGAGACACAACCAUCAGAAGAGAGAAUCGAUACAGAAACUUAAAUGAUGUACCUCUGUUUGAUAACUACAAGGAAACUGAAACUCAGAUUUCUGGGUUCCUACAUCUACCGUCAGAGAUGAGUCAUUUAUGAUACAAGCUGCAGAAGCUACAAAGUGGAGCGGGGGAGCCAGUAGUAAGUUAUUUUGAGGGCUGACAGAACUUUUGGUGGCUGGCUGAGUGGGGUCCUGUCUGAGAAGAUAGAAAGCGAGAGCACACUGAUUGGGUCUCCACGAAAUCUGAGUGCCUGCUGACCAUGGAGGACCAUGUCCAAAAGGAUCAGAUCAUCGCCAUGGACUGUGAGAUGGUAGGAGUGGGGCCUCUUCAGGAAAGCGGUCUGGCUCGGUGCAGUCUCGUGGACUAUCAUGGCAUGGUGGUGUAUGACAAAUACAUCAGGCCAGAAGGGGAGAUCACAGACUAUCGUUCCAGCGUCAGUGGGAUACUACCGACUCACAUGCUGAAAGCAGAACCUUUUUCGAGUGCCAGGAAAGAGAUUUUGGAACACCUUCGAGGCAAGCUGGUGGUAGGCCAUGACCUCCGGUAUGACUUUAAGGCACUGAAGGAAGACAUUACAGAUUAUGACAUCUAUGAUACUUCCCAGGACAGGAUGCUUUGGGAAGCAGGAGGCCUAGGGGGUUGCCGUCGGGUGGCCCUCAAGGUUCUGUGUGAGAGGAUCCUCAAGAAAAGAAUUCAGAACAGCAUGCAUGGACACUCCUCUGUGGAAGAUGCUAGAGCUACUAUGGAACUCUAUAAAGUAUCCAGGAAACUAAGGGAGAACUAACUGGGGGGAUGAAGGGGAGGAUAGUUCUCAACACAGCUACCCUGAAGUUCAAAGGUCAAUCUCAAGAGGACACAUGGAAGCCACAAACCUCCAGAGAAACCUUCUUCACUUUAGAAACAAGAUCUCCCAAAGCCUUUACUUUCUUGCUUGUAUUAUGAUAAUAAAAUGGAUCUCUAUUUUCUCUA